AUGUGGCCCGCUGUUGACGAGGACGGCCACAGCCUCCUCCACUGGGCUGCGCUGGUGGGCCAGAAGGACUUCGUGCAAGCGUGUCUCGAGCACAGCACGCCCGUCGACAUCUGCGCAAACAACAAGCAGACGCCCUUGAUGUGGGCCGUGCUUCGCGGUCACGUGGUGGUUGCCAGGCAGCUCCUGGACUACAAGGCUUCUCUGGCUUCCAAGGACUCACUGGGCGCCACGCCUUUGACCAUUGCGGUGCAGCAUCGGUCCUAUCCCAGCAUGCUGCUGCUGAUGCACCGGGGGAGCGACUUCCAGGCUCAGAUGAUGGCAGACAGUGACAAGAACGGCUGCUCCGUAGCCCACUGGGCCGCUUACAAGGGAGAUCUGACUGCCUUGAAGCUUCUGCACUACUUCAAGGCCGAUCUCCAAGCGCUGGACAGCGCAAAGAUGCUGCCCUUGCAUCGCGCAGUGUGUGCUUCACAGUCUGGCGUCGUGGAGUUCCUGGUGGAGCAGAAGUCCGACAUCCAGGCACGCAACCAAGAGGGCAAGUCGUGCCUGGAUCUUGCAGCGGAGAAGCACGACCUUCACAUGCAG